AUGUCGGGCACCCCUUUGAGUGUGCUCGACCCUAAGGGUAGCCCCACCAUCGACUCGUCAUACGCAAGGAUGGAGAAGAACAUCCACGCGGCGCGCAAGACCCUCGGUCGACCACUGACCCUGUCCGAGAAGAUCAUCUACGGGCACUUCGACGAGCCAUCCACGCUGCCCGUCCGGGGAGAGACGUACCUCAAGCUCCGGCCUGACCGCGUCGCGAUGCAGGACGCAACCGCUCAGAUGGCGGUGCUUCAGUUCAUCUCGUCCGGCUUGCCGAAGACGGCCUGCCCCACCACAAUCCACUGCGAUCACCUCAUCGCCGCCGAGAGCGGAGCCGAUUCCGACAUGGCCGCGGCCAAAGUCACCAACAAGGAGGUCUACGACUUCCUGGCGUCUGCCGGAGCCAAGUACGGCAUCGGAUUCUGGAAGCCCGGAUCGGGCAUCAUCCACCAGAUCGUUCUGGAGAACUACGCCUUCCCGGGAGGGCUCAUGAUCGGGACGGACUCCCACACCCCUAACGCGGGCGGGCUGGGCAUGUGCGCCAUCGGCGUCGGCGGAGCGGACGCGGUGGAUGUGAUGGCCGGCAUGCCGUGGGAGCUCAAGUGCCCCAAGGUGAUCGGUGUGAAGCUGACGGGCAAGCUCUCCGGCUGGACCUCGCCCAAGGACAUCAUCCUCAAGGUUGCCGGCAUCCUCACCGUCAAGGGCGGGACCGGCGCCAUCGUCGAGUACUUCGGCCCCGGGGUGGACUCGAUCUCUUGCACCGGCAUGGGCACCAUCUGCAACAUGGGGGCGGAGAUCGGGGCCACCUGCUCCACCUUCCCGUACAACUCUCGCAUGCAGGACUACCUCGAGGCAACGGAGCGGUCGGGGAUCGCGUCGGCGGCCAACUCGUUCAAGGAGAACCUCCGUGCCGACGAGGGGGCCCCGUACGACGAGGUGAUCGAGAUCGACCUCGACAAGCUGCGCCCGCACGUCAACGGGCCCUUCACGCCCGACCUCGCGCACCCCGUCGGGACCGAGUUCUCGGCUGCCGUCAAGACCAUUGACCACGCGUCCUCGAGAGGACGGAGCAUUGUUCCCACAGGACCGAUCACCGAUGGCCAAUCGUUCCUUCCUACUUUGCCAAAGGGCAACGACUGGCCGGAUGACCUGUCCGCCGGACUCAUCGGCUCCUGCACCAACUCGUCCUACGAGGACAUGGCCAGGUGCGCUGACCUUACGGAGCAGGCGAAGAAGGCCGGGCUUAAGUUUAAGGUCGACAUGCUCGUCACGCCCGGCUCAGAGCUGGUCCGCGCGACGAUCGCCCGCGACGGUUUCACGUCGACGUUCGAGGAGGCCGGCGCCACCGUGCUGGCCAACGCCUGCGGCCCGUGCAUCGGGCAGUGGAACCGGUCGGAGAAGCAGGGGGAGAAGAACACCAUCAUCACCUCGUACAACAGAAAUUUCGCCAAGCGUAACGACGGCAACCCCCAGACGCACGCCUUCGUGGCUUCGCCCGAGAUGGUGGUGGCAACGGCGCUGGCGGGCAGCGUGACCUUCAACCCCGAGACCGACUCCAUCCCUACCGCGGACGGAGGGUCCUUCAAGUUCGAGGCUCCCUUCGGGAAGGAGCUCCCCGUGAAGGGAUUCGACCCGGGAGAGGACACGUUCCAGCCCUCGCCGGAGGAUGCGACGGGGCUGUCGGUGGCUGUGUCCCCCGAGUCGGCACGCCUUGCACUGCUGGAGCCAUUCCAGGCGUGGGAAGGGACUGAUCUCGAGGACUUGCCGGUUCUUAUCAAGGCAAAGGGCAAGUGCACGACGGACCACAUCUCUAUGGCCGGCCCGUGGCUCAAGUUCCGCGGCCACCUGGACAACAUCUCCAACAACAUGCUCAUCGGCGCCAUCAACGCGGAGAACGACGAGGUCAACAGCGUGCAGAACCAGGUUACCGGGGAAUUCGGCAAGGUGCCCGACAUCGCUCGCCAAUACAAGGCGGCCGGGCUCGGGUGGGUUGUGGUCGGAGACGACAACUACGGAGAGGGGUCUUCGCGAGAGCACGCGGCGCUCGAGCCAAGGCACCUCGGGGGCAGGGCUGUGGUGGUGAAGUCGUUCGCGCGCAUCCACGAGACCAACCUCAAGAAGCAGGGGAUGCUCCCCCUGGUCUUCGACAAGCCGUCCGACUACGACCGCAUCUCGGGCAAGGACAAGGUGUCCAUCAAGGGUCUCGGCACGUUCUCGGAGGGGAAGCCACUGGCCCUCGAGGUCAAGCCCGCGGACGGGGGCGCGCCGUUCGACAUCCAAGUUAACCACACCUUUAACGCGGAGCAGAUCGAGUGGUUCAAGGCCGGCAGCGCGUUGAACUUGAUGAAGGCGACGAACGCGUCGGCGUAAGGUAUUUUAGCUUCGGGGACAGGACUAGCGAGGGGGGCAAGGGUCCAAAGGAGGGUUUCCGGUAUCACAUCGCGGGGGGUUGGAGUCGAGGUGUCCUCUCGUCACGACCGAAGGUCGUCGACAUGGGGCGGGCGGCCCGAUUAGGGCCGGCGGAAUCGAGCAUAUGCGUACGUCUAGCGAGGGGGAGGAUGGAAAUGUGGGAAUCUAAUAGGCUCAUGUUUUCUUGGUGCAUCUUUCACAAAGGGGGGGAGGCUGGGGGGUGGGCGAGGCAUAUCUCGCGGCGUCGUUUGGUAGCAAAGGGGAGGAUAUGGCUUGGAUGUAUGCUGCUCUUGGAUUGGUUGCUACUCGGACCAUCCGAUAGGGUGUAUGCAUAUGAGAAGGGAAGGACGAGGAUCGGCGAAGUUGUCGACUCGUCAUGUGCGCUUUCGAUCACGCGUGUCUCCAACUUGGACGAAGAGAGUUGACGACGGGGGGGGAGGCACGCGCACCAGUGUUGCCGAAUGGGGUGGAUGUGUUUUGCAUAUGUAUGUAUUUUCCUCCCCGCUUGCGUAUGUGUCCGCCCCGUCGAAAGAUGGCCGCAAGGAUGAUUUUGGCGUGCGCAAAGUAGGAGGGAUUCCACGCUGACGAGUGCAGGUGCUUUGCUACAUGAUGCGGGUCGGUUAAACGAGAGUGCUGCAAUACGCUAGUUUUGUUAUUUUACGGGGGGCAUCAAUCAAAUAAUUAUGCACGUAUGCAUAGUGUUGGGGGUGGCUUCAAGGUGGUGCGCGCGUGUUGUUGGGAG